AUGGGGGGCAAAUCUGGAAACAAGGCCGGCUACUUCGACAAGCUGAAGGGCUUGUUGGAGGAGUACCCGUCCAUUUUCGUGGUCUCCGUCGACAAUGUCUCGUCGCAGCAGAUGCACGAGAUUCGUAAGGCCCUCCGCGGCCAGGGCGUCGUCCUGAUGGGCAAGAACACCAUGGUUCGCCGUGCCCUCAAGACCUUCAUGCCCGACCACCCGGAGUACGAGCGCCUGCUGCCCUUCGUCAAGGGCAACGUCGGCUUCGUCUUUACCAACGGUGACCUGAAGGAGGUUCGCGAGAAGAUCCUGUCCAACCGGAUCAAGGCCCCGGCCCGCGCCGGUGCUAUUGCCCCCGUCGACGUCUGGGUGCCCGCCGGCAAUACUGGCAUGGAACCCGGCAAGACAUCGUUCUUCCAGGCCCUCGGUAUCCCCACCAAGAUCGCCCGUGGUACCAUUGAAAUCACCACCGAUAUCAAGCUCGUCGAGGCCGGUGCCAAGGUCGGCCCCUCCGAGGCUACCCUGCUCAACAUGCUCAACAUCUCCCCCUUCACCUACGGUAUGGGCAUUGCUCAGGUCUACGACCAGGGCAACACCUUCCCCGCCAGCGUACUCGACGUGAGCGAGGAGCAGCUCCUCAAGUCCUUCACCUCGGCCAUCACCACCGUCGCCUCGCUCUCCCUGGCCCUCAACUACCCGACCCUGCCCUCCGUCAUUCACUCUCUCAUCAACUCCUACAAGAAGGUCCUUGCUGUUGCGGUUGAGACCGAGUACAGCUGGCCUGAGAUUGAGGAGCUCAAGGAUCGCAUCGCCAACCCCGAGGCCUACGCCGUCGCUGCCCCGGCUGCCGCGGCUGCCGCCCCGGUUGAGGAGAAGAAGGAGGAGAAGAAGGAGGAGUCGGAGAAGGAGGAGUCUGACGAUGAGGGCUUCGGUGGUCUCUUCGAUUAA